UCUCACACACACACAAGGCAGUUCACUGGCUUUUUCAGAAACUACAGCUGGAGCCUGGGAAUUUUUGGACAUCAACAAAUAACCACGACUGAUAUUUGGUGUCAAAACAGUCCUGGUGAACUGGUGAUGUGCUCUGUGUAGACAUCUUCUCAACUCAGCAAGUGUAUGUGUCUCAGCUAGGCUUCAAGCAACAUGCAGAGUGACGCUUCACAAGUCCUGGCUGCAGUGUUCCUACUUUACUGGAUUCCACUUUGUGUGUGUCACUUAACACCGGGGCAACCCAAACUCAAAGGUUGUCGAUCUACUGAUAAGGAGACCUUCAGCUGUUGGUGGGAGCCUGGCUCAACUGGUGGACUCCCAACUACUCACCGUCUAUUCUACAAAAAAGAGAGAUCUGAGAAGGUCUCUGAAUGUCCAGACUACCACAGUGCAGGGAACAACUCAUGCUUCUUUGACAAAGCCCACACAUCCUUAUGGAUCAUUUAUAAUAUUACAGUCAUAGCCUCUAAUAGCGAAGGCAACACCUCUUCGGAGCCAGUAGAAAUGGACGUCAUGGAUACUGUCCAGCCUCGCCCGCCAAUAAACAUGACUUUGACACUGAUGGAAGUAAAGGACAACCCGUAUUUUCUGGUGAAAUGGGAGGCCCCGCAUGACGUCGACACUCGUUCAGGGUGGGUGACUCUCAGAUAUGAAGUGCGAGUAAAACAGGAGCAUGGAGGCCAGAAGCAAGAUGGUGAUUGGGAGGUGUACAAUAUUGGUAAGCAAACAGAACUGAGCAUCUUCAGUCCCAAACCUGGAGGAAAUUAUACGAUACAAGUGCGCUGUAAACUAGACCAAGGCCUGUGGAGUGAGUGGAAUCCUCCAAUGUUCAUCCAAAUACCAAACAACUCAGUAAGAGAGAAACCAAUUUUGAUCUUCAUAGCCAUUAUUAUUGCCUUCAUUGCAUUGGCCACUGUUGGAAUACUAACAGCCAAAAGAAAACAUGUUAAGCAUUUCUUACUGCCCCCUGUUCCAGGACCAAAGAUCAAAGGCUUUGAUAGCCAAUUUUUAAAGACAGAAAAGCCAGAAGAUCUAUUCAUUACCUUCAACUUCCAGGGCAUUCUUACAGCACCAGAGUGUCCUGAUGAGGUGGAGUAUCUAAUGGUGCAUGACAGUGAGGAAGACAGUGAGAAUCCUGGAAGUAAAGCUUGUGAAGAGCGACAAGUGACAGACCAGAAUACAUCUGAUCAGAAGACACGGGAUAAGCUUAACAUCACUGAUCACGGUGAUCAAUGGAAAUUAUCAGCUCUUGCAUACAACUGUCAAGAUUCUGAUCCUGAAUCUACAGCUUUAAACAUAUCCCAGCACUCAAAUCAUUUCAGCACAUGCAGUGUGCCUCAGCAUGGGGUCAUAUCUCACAAAAACAUAGCAAGGAGCGCUCAGACAAGCUAUAUAUGCAGCGUUGAGCAGAAUGAAGUCAGCGUCAUUCCUGAUGGACUGAUGGAAUAUGUUGAACAAAAGCAGAGGGCAGACUGUCAGCAGAAGCUCACAAUAAAACAAGAGGAAGACUACAGUAAAGUCAGUGGGAUUUACAGUGAAACUGUCCUUGUGAUUCAAAAAGACAGCAGCCCUGUUCAGAGACAUAAAAAGAGGAACAAUAAUGAUUCAAGCAAAAAAGAUCAAGAAUGAAAUCACGUCCUCAGAUAAACAUUCCGUAGAUACUCAGGAAUAUGUGGCAAUGUUCGAGGAAAUGUUUUGAACUGGGAAAUCUAAGAUUUCACCCAUGAUCAAAAUUCAAACAUUUUUGUUACCUCCACUAGGGAGGUUUUGUUUUCGGUGCAGUUUGUUUGUCUGUAAACAGGAUUGCGUAAAACCUACAGACCAGAUUUCCAUGAAACUUGGUGGAAGAGUGUAGCAUGGGCCAACAAAAGACUACCUUCAGUUUUGGAACAGAUCUGAGUUACAGAGCAGAUCCAUAAAUUCACUGUGAGAUAUGGCAUUUGUCAGUAAAUGGCAGUAAAACUACUUAGCUGGCAGGGCUAAUACCAUGAUCAAGAAGGUGGUUUGCCCAAAGCAAGGCCCAGCCAUUUCACUCAGGCUGCACUGACCUUUGCGAAUUCCUCAAAUGUGGGAAUCUCGACUGCUUAAUUUCUGAUGGGGGGGGGGAGACUGCGUUCACGCUCUGCCCUUUCACUUUUUGGGGGUAGCCAUGGCCUAAAGGUUAGAGAAGUGGCCUUGGGCCCAAAGGGUUGCUGGUUUGAUUCCUGGGACCAGCAGGAAAAAUGUGAGGGGAGUUGAGUGAAUGAACAGCUCUUUCCCCUCCCUCUGGGUAUCAUGGCUGAAGUGCCUUUGAGCAAGGCACCUAACUUCCACUGCUCUGGGUGUGUGCACGUGUGUGUGUUCACUGCUUCAGAUGGGUGGAGGAAUUUUGCUGUACUUGAGUGUACAUGUGACAAAUAAAAGCUUCUUCUUUAAAGUUCAGUAGCGAUAAAACAUAGCCAAUGUAGAAAUAUGACGACUCCAUCUCACAAUCCGCAUUCACGGGUACCGGUAGGCACAUAAUUCUAAUAGUUCUGGAAACAUUUCCAGACACUGUGAUGAUCUGGUGACUUGUCCAGGGUGUACCCCGCCUUUCGCCCGUAGUCAGCUGGGAUAGGCUCCAGCUUGCCUGCGACCCUGUAGAACAGGAUAAAGCGGCUAGAGAUAAUGAGAUGAGAUGAGACAUUUCCAGACAUGCAGUAUAAAUUGGUUGUGGUUGUAGAUUUGCAUAUCAAAGAAGAGUCAACUAUUGUCCUUGGUGGAGGUCUGUGCUCUCCGAGUGCCCUUCUAGUUACUUAUAUCUCAGACGUUCCAGCUGGUACAAUUCUGUGAAUGUUUCUGUGUAAUAUUCCAUCCAUCCAUUAUCUGUAGCCGCUUAUGUAGCCCUGGUCACUGCGUCCUAGUCAUUAGUUUAGUUGACCAUAGAUUAUUUGCAAAGUAAAUAAAUAAAUACAGUUCAUGACACAUGGAUAAAUAGGAUUUAUGACACAAAUAUAUUAAAUAUAUCUAUAAAUCCAAAAAGGAAUAAACACACACCGGUUUAUUCAUAUGCACUUCAUUUUAUCUCAAAAGUGACGAAUGUGCUCUUCUUUCAUGUAAUAAAGACAUGGGUGACAUGCGGAGUUCACAUGCGCAAGCUGAGCCAAUCAGAAGCUGCCAGUGACUUUACGCUCUUAGUUUUCCUCUCUGGAGGCGGCUGCUUGCCGACAUUUACGGCAGAUUCUGCUCACUGAGCACUUGAAACUUCGACAUUUUACCUUCCUCUUGCGGUCAUUGUAAGAGUCAACAGCAUAAAAAUUGUUUUGCCCGCUGGCUGAGUGAGGAUUGUGUUUUUUGCAACGGACACUAGAAGAAAUCGGUUGGAAGCUGGAUUGGCGUGAGCUGUGAUCGUAGUGCCACUGUAUGUGUGUACAGGAUUUUGAUCUCUGGCUGGGGUUUCUUUUUUAUGGUCUUCCUUCUUCUGUGAACCCCAGGAGCAGCGCAUGGACUCUUCUGCUGUGACCACUUCCGUACUGUAGAGGUGGAGGUAGCUUCCAGCAGUUGUAGCGAGCCAACCAAAUUGGAGAUAAGAACUGUGAUUUUGUUAUCCACCCGGUUGAUCUAUAUAUUUCAUUUCUGGAGUGAUAUUGUGACCUUUCAUGCACUGAAGGACGUUCUAAUUUUAUUAUUAUUUUUUGUUGUUGUUGGUUUUUGCGUUAAUACAAUACACAUAAAACUUA